CGCGACCCUGCCUCGUGGUUAGGGUUUCGGGUGUUCGCUCCAACACCGGCGGCCAUGGGGCUGCGCCUCCUCUCUGCCUCUGCAGAGGAGAGGAGAGGGGAUUGAGCCUACAGCUCCACAUGUGCUUCAAUUCGAUUUGGAGUAGAGCAAUUGAUUUGCUGCUACAGCUACUAUAGAAGAUAGGAUGGACGAGAGCACAUCAUUGCAGGAUUAUUGUUGAUGGGGUGUCGAGACAUGUGUCUGAACUACCUCAUGUGACUGAUGAAAGAGGGCAGGUGGCCGACCUCCUUGAUAUCCAUGCCAGAGAUUCUAAAAAACUUAGCAAUGGCAGGGCUCCUGGAGCUCAAUCCUCACCACCACCAGCAGAUGAUGACGAUGCACAAGUGGAUGGUCCAUCUGAAGAUGGCGCAGCAGAGCACCGACAGCAACCACAUCAUGAAAGGGUCGAGGGAAGAUUAUCUGAUGUGUGUCACUGAAAACGAAGUUUCAAAGCUUCAUUACAUUGUAGCAGGGGAAAUUAGUAUGAAGAUUGUGCAGCAACAUGCCUUAGCCAGCUCCUUAAUUUGGCUAGAACAGAUGGCUAAUCUUCUUACUCAUUUGCUGCCUAAUUUAUAUGGUUCUGCUAUGAACCAUUCCUACUUUGGCAAUAAAUUGCAUCACUUUAUGCCAUAGAAGAACCAUAUAAAUCAGUAUCCGGCGACGGUGACGCGGGGGCAGGCACAAGGAGGGGUGGUGAGCCUCCGGCGGCUGGGUUCCCCCCGAUCGCCCGGGUUGGGCGACACCUAAUUUAUAUGGUACAUAUUGAACAGAGGGCCCAAAUAUGUACAAGUGGAUAUGAUCGUUAGAUUAUUCGAUUUGGACAUUGUAGUAGCUACCAAUAGUACAUUUUACUUCCUUUUGCUCUUGGCCUUAUGAAAGGUUGAAUGUCAAGACGAUGAAGAAGAUCAGGUGGAUCUAUCCAAAAAAUAUGCUUCUGUGGAACUACAUAGGUUAUUUGUCUCGCAUUGCUGCUGUGGCUUGAUCUUGCUGUAUGAGAAGUACAUUGUAUCAAACUUGAUGUGGAUUGAUUGUCUGGUCUCGCUUUUGGAAAAGUAUA